AAAACCCUUUCGGUUCCUCUUCUGCACACCUUUCCCAGUAGCUUGUGUGUGUGUGUGCUGUGACAGACUCAGGGAAGCAGACAGACAGACCUCCAACCAUGAAGCAGUGUUUCCUCUUGCUGCUGGCGUGCCUGUGCGCCCACAGCGCCCCGCUGGACCCCGGCAUGACUCCCGGCUCGUGCGAGGAUGCGUCAGCUCUGGGCGCAGCGGCGCUGGCGCUCACCAAGAUCAACAAGGAUCGCAAGGAGGGCUUCGUGUACAGACUGCACCGUCUCAGCAACGUCCACCAUAUGCAGCACGGUGAGACAGGGACGGUCUUCUACCUGACCCUGGACGUCUUGGAGACAAGCUGUCACGUGUUCAGCGGGAAGGAUCCGAAAAGCUGUGCUGCCAGGGAGACUACUGACAGACCAGUGUACGGUCAAUGCAAGGCCACUAUCUACAUCAGCAAAAUCCAUAGAGUGGUACGUCUGUACAACUACAACUGUGUGGUGAGACCAGCCUCUGCAACCAAGAUUGUAGCCAUCUGCCCUGACUGCCCAUCCGCCACAGACAAGAGCGAUGAGAAGAUCCUGAAGGCUGCUGCCCUCUCCCUGGACAAGUUCAACGCCGAGAGCGGCCAGGCCAACUACUUCGCUAUGCUCAACGUCACCCGCGCGUCCUUGUCGAUGGGCAUGGCCACCUUUUACAACGUGGAGUACACCAUCCAGGAGACAACCUGCGCCAACAGCACAGACCGAGCGCAGGCCGCCAAGUGCCCUCUGAUGGAGUGCGAGUUUGCGCACAAGGGACACUGCAAGGGCAGCAACUCGUUCGCUAUGGGUAACGAGCAUGUCAGUGUGGAUUGUGAGAUCUUUGAGCCUGAGUCGGCCGAGAAAGAGAAGAGGCUGCACUUGCUGGGGGGAGAGACCGACCACAGCCACACAGAUGCCCACGCCCACGACCCCAAACACGACCACGCCCACGCCCCCACCGACGCCCAUACUCACGACCACGCCCACGACCACACCAAGGACGCCAAGCAGGUCCACGAGCACGGCCACGCCGAGGGGGAAAAACACGACCACACCAAGCCGCACGUUCACGACCACGACCACGAGCACACGCACCACGCCAAAGCUCAUGACCACAGCAAGGACGUCGGGCCUCACCAACAUCACCACUACGCCCACGGCGACAAAAGCCACACCCACGAGCACGACCACGAACUGGCCCUGGACCACGACCACAGUCACGCUCACCUGCACGAGCACGAGCACCAUCACCACCACCACGACCACGACCACAAGGCCACCGCCCAGCGUCAACCCGAGGGCAAGGUGACCGUACUGCCAGCCCUGGACCGGCCCGCGACCCUGCCAGCCUUCCCUGACGAGAAGCCUGCGGGUCCAGCGGAGGGCGUGACGCUGCCUCUGGUUCCUGACGCAGAGAUCCCCGGGCAGAGAGAGCCCACCAUCCUGCCUUUCCCCUCCGCCAUCUCCCCGCAGUGCCCUGCCCCAACCAAGGAUGAGGGCGACUUCAUGAAGACCCUCUUCGCUGAGGACCCCUUGUUCAAAGCCACCGCGUGAUCUGUGACGGGACUGACACGGAACUGACACAAACAUGUACGGACAAAACACAAACGGCAUCCGUGCAGGGAGAAGAGAGGGCUGGGAAGAGGUGGCAAGGGUCUGAAACUAAAAACCUGUUGAUGUGAACAGUUUAGAGGCUGACUGAGAGAUAUUACUUGUUGAUUUCUUUCCUCAAACUAGCUAGACCAUGACCUCAUCUAUCUCUUAGACUCAUACCACAUCUGUGUAUCCAUGUUAACAUUCAUGUCAGACACAACUCUUGUUACUGUGGUUACUAUUGCUACGGAGUUCUGUCUCUGCAAUACAAUAAACAUCAAGGAUGCA